AACUGAUGCGCGAGAAGGAGACCCUGCAGCUGGCCAUGCUGAACAGAGCUCGAUGGGUCAUGCAGAAAUAACAAUUAAUUUAUGAGACUCAUUAUGUAGAGCCACUUUUCUUGUAGAACCAAUUGUGAGGCAAGUUGUUCUUAUUUUUCCAAGGCUCUUGUAAGGGGACACCAAAUUAUUAUCGUCGUAUACGAGUGUGGUGUAUCGUCAGUAUAGCAAUGUGCCCAUGGAUCCAAAUAUGUUUGAUUUAAAUAAAUAACGAUAGAAAAAAAUUGGAAGGGAAAAAAAAACCGAAUUUACACAAUUACGUCUUCGGAAUGGAUUAGUGUGGGGUUCAUAGAAUAGUGAGUCAUAUAGAAUGUGAUUAUUUGUUGUUGUUGUUGUUGUUGUUUCUUAAAUUCGUUUUAAUGUAAAUACGGCACAAUUUUAUUCGAGUUUGUAUUAUAACGUCGUUCCUGGAAUUUUUAAUUUUGUGAUUUUUUAAUUGUUUUGAAUUCAGGGCCGUGGAGCGGGGCAUGAGGCAUGAGCGGCGACCGAGAGGUGUCGGGGGCCGGCAGGCGGGCCAUGAGCGACGACGAGCGGCAGGAGCUGGCCGAGCGGCUCGACAGAGAGCUGGACGAGUACAUGACGAGCCUGGGGAAGCACGGCAAGCAUGAGUACACCGAGGGCUGGCCGGAGGAUCGCUGGCAGGAGGAGAUGGAGAAGCACCCCUUCUUCAUGAGCUCCGCCCCGGGCGAGAACGAGCCGCUGUCUCCCCUGAUGGAGGGCCUCCAGCAACUCAAGUACGACGAGUCGGAGAAUUCUCCUGAAGAAUUGGCAGAAGCCUACAAGAUGGACGGAAACUUCCAUUUCAAAAUCAGGAAGUACUGGCUGGCCAUCGUGGCGUACACGGAGGGCCUGAGGCGGAAGUGCUCGGACGACUCGCUCAAUGCUCAGUUGUACAACAACCGGGCAGCCGCUCACUUCUUCCUCAAGAACUACAGGUCGUGCUUGGGUGAUUGCCGUUCUGCUCUGAGGCUGUCUCCUGGCUACAUGAAAGCAAAAAUCCGAGCUGCGCAAUGUUGCCUCAAGUUGAAGAUGUUUGAUGAAUGCACACAGCUUUGUGGUGAGAUUCUUGAAGCACAACCGGACUGCAAGGACAUUCAGCACCUUAAGAAGAAAGCAAUUAUAGAUAAGAGGCAUGAGGAAAGAGACCAGCGCAAGCAGGAAUGGUUGCACUCGAAAGCUGAUGAGGUCGACCAAAUGAUCCUGAGGAAGAUAAAGGACAGGGGCAUCAUGUUGAACAACAACAAGCUGCCCGAGAACGUGUCGGAGGGGAGAGUGCACUUGGUGGAUGACAGCUUGGUGUGGCCGGUGGUGUUCCUGUACCCAGAGCACAAAACAAGCGACUUCAUCGUGAGCUUCCAUGAGGACGACACGUUCCUGGAACACCUGGAGCAGAUGUUCGGCGACCACCCUGAGUGGGACGUGGACAGGAAGUAUGCCGUGGACAAGCUGAGGUUGUACUGGGAAGAUCGUAAAACAGCGAAGCUGCACUCUGUCCCUCUGGCCAGCUCCCUGAGAACAGUUCUCUCACACAGCAAGUACAUCGUGGAAGACUGCAAGCCAGCCUUCUUGGUGUUUGUAGACGGCAGUCCGGCUCAGAAUGCAUACCUUAAUGCACAUUCGACAGCGAGGUGAAAAUUGUUAGUUGGCUUCAAGAGAUGUUAAGUUUACCUGUAAACCUUUAUGAAGAUGUUUGCAACAGGCCUGACAACUUGUUUACAUAUUAGCCUCUACUCUCCAAAGAGCUAUUCAAUGUUAUCUAAGAGACAAUUUUUUCAUACCUGUUUGUAUUAUUCUUAGAAAAUAAUUAUUAUGUUUCAUACCAGUGUUGAAA